AUGGCAUCAUCUCCAAAUCCUACUGAUCAGAACUUCAUUGUAGUAGAUUUCCACUACAAUGGUCAGUUUUCCCCCAAUCCCUUAGUUUACUUUGAUCUCGACAGAGCAUCAGUGCGAGAUGUUGACUUCAGUGGGUUUGGGUAUGAGCAAUUCAUGGAAUUCCUUCACAAGCUCACCAAAUCGAGAAGCAAAGACAUUUAUUUCUGCCUUCCACAAGAGUCUUUAGGUCUUGGAAUUCAUACACUGGUGAACGAGGGUGAUUACAAGGAAUUUUUGGAUUUGGCGUAUGCUAAUGACAAGAGAAUGAAUGUUUAUGUGGAUCACCAUAAUGAACCUAUCUUCGACUGGAUUGAGGCUGAGGAAAGUGAAAGUGAAAACGAAGACUUAGAUGAAGAUGAGGAUUCAGAUAUUCAAGAUUCAUAUUCUGUUGAUCAUGAAGAAGAUGAUGCUACCUAUCCAUUUCCAGCAAACAAAAUUGCACAUGAUAGAUUUUUAAACAUCCUUUGUGAACCUACAGAGAGUGAAGAUCAAGAUGAUGAAUACGUGCCACCCCAGUACCCUGUGUAUGAUGAGAGACAACCAUGGGAUCAGAUGAAACCAAUUAUAGUUAGAGGAGAAGUUCUUUCAACUGUUGGGAGAGAUGCAAACAACCACAUCUACCCUUUAGCAUGGGUUGUGGUAUGUGUUGAGAAUAAAGAAACAUGGAAGUGGUUCAUAGAUUUGCUUAUGGAUGACAUUAAUGGUGGUCUUGGUGCAGGCAUUACCCUUCUUUCUGAUGGACACAAGGGGUUAUUACAAGCAGUUAAGGAAAGAUGUCCAGAAGCUGAACAUAGGCAAUGUGCUAGACACAUUGUAGCUAAUUUUAAUAAAAGGUUUACUGGUGAAGAAUACAUAAAGUUAUUUUGGAGGGCUGUAAGGGCUAAGAUCCUACUACCUGGUCUAAGGCAUUCUUUCAAGAAUGAAGAGAUUGUGAUGCAGUGGAGAAUGGGAUUGUGGGGAGUUACUCCUUGUGGUUAUCAAAAGUAUGAGGUUAGAUUCCCUGAUGUUGCAUAUGGAGUGGAUCUAAUUGCAAAGAAGUGUGCCUGUAGAAUAUGGCAACUUACAGGGAUACCAUGCUUACAUGGAGUGGCAGCAAUCUCUUACUUAAAUCAUGAUGUAGAGACAUAUGUGUCCCAAUCAUACACUAUUGAGGCUUACCUAAAAUGCUACAAAUAUAGCAUUAAUCCUCUCAAUAGUAGUGAUAUGUGGCCAGAUGUUCCAUACCAUAAGCCUUUGCCUCCCAAAAGAAGAAGAUUACCUGUACCAAGUUCAUCCAGGGGCAAUGGAGCAGACCCAAUUUUAUCCAGGGGCAAUGAAGGACCACCACCUACAGCCCAACCACCUCCUCCACCACCACCUGCAGUCCCCAUGCCAAGAAGAAGGGUCCCAGUUAGUAGAAGUGGAAGGAGGAAAUAUUCUGAACGGAUCAUCAAACAAGCAUUAAGGAGGCAGAUACCUAUGGUUGGGAGCAAUGCAGAUAACCCUUCAGUUAUUGAUUAA